AUGGGAGCCCAACGCUGUUUAACCACCAAUUCAAACAUUACACAAUUCUCAACGCGGCUAAUACAAAGCGCACAAGCUCCACAACCUCCAAGAACUGGCACAGGCGUUAGAAUAAACCACCAAAAGUCUAAGCAGCGAAUUAAGAGGAAAUUCUUGCAACAAAUUUGCUCUAAAUAUCUCAAGACGCCGAAGAAAACACACUAA